AUGGAUCUCGGUGAUGAGGGGAGCUCUCCGUGGGGAGACGAGCCCUCGCGAAAUAAGGCAUCACAGAACCCGCCCAAGACACCACAGGAGGACAGUGUGGAAUCUGGUGCCCCCUCCAAAGCCUCCGCCAGCACCGUCCCGAACGUUUCCGUGGCGCCGCGAUCUCCAGCAACACGCGGUCCCAGGAGACGCCAGUAUGGCCCGCAACCAACCCGACUCGAGGCCGUAGACGAUCCUCUGGGACCUCUGGGGGCUCCCACGCCUCCUUCGGGAGGUCUCGAAGCCCCUCCAGCACCCCCACAGAAGGAGCCGGUGCCGUCUCGUAGCCCUCGACCGACUGCCGCAGCCCCUGCCUCCACGUCUUCCAUUCGGGGCAUGAUGGAUUCGGUGAACCUAGACGAUGACGAGGACGAAACGCCAGUCGCAAGUACCCCGCGGAUACCUCCCCCAGUGCAGCCCCCAAGCAACAGUACCCCUCAGCGACAGACACAGCCGAGUGUGAGUGUAGAACAGGCUGCGAAGCCCACGUUCCAAAUCACUGUCGGAGACCCGCACAAGGUUGGGGACCUCACCAGCUCGCACACGGAGUAUUCAGUCUUCACAAAGACCACCUCCAAAGGAUACCGCAACCCUGAGUUUACGGUCUCCCGCCGCUACCGUGACUUCCUCUGGUUGUACAAUCAGCUCCACAACAACAACCCCGGAGUCAUCAUACCGCCUCCUCCAGAGAAGCAGGCGGUAGGCCGCUUCGAUGCGGAUUUUGUCGAGUCGCGACGUGCUGCGCUGGAACGGAUGCUGAACAAGACAACGCACCAUCCAGUUCUGCAGCAUGACAGCGAUCUGAAGCUUUUCCUAGAGAGCGAUGCCUUCAAUGUCGAUAUCAAGAACAAGGAACGGAAGGAUCCUGGGCUUGGCGAGAGCAAAGGCAUGUUCGGGUCCAUGUUGUCUGGAGGUGGAGGCAAAUUCAUUGAGCAUGAUGAUUGGUUCCAUGACCGGAAAAUCUACCUGGAUGCUCUCGAGAACCAGCUCAGGGCUCUCCUGAAAGCCACAGAUACAGUCGUUGCCCAGCGGAAGGGCCUCGCAGAGGCAUGCGGAGACUUCUCUGCCUCACUACAUUCGCUUGCAGCUGUUGAACUCUCGCCGUCUCUCUCCGGUCCUCUCGAUGGGCUAUCCGACAUUCAGAUUCGCAUCCGCGAGCUGUACGAACGCCAAGCUCAACAGGACGUCCUGACCAUGGGCAUUGUCAUCGACGAGUACAUUCGUCUGAUCGGAUCCGUCAAGACGGCAUUCCAGCAAAGACAAAAGGCGUAUCAUUCUUGGCAUAAUGCCGAGUCCGAACUCCAGAAGCGUAAGGCUACCCAGGACAAACUGCUCAGACAGGGCAGGUCCCAGCAAGACCGACUCAAUCAACUUAGCGCGGAUGUUGCAGACGCAGAGAGGAGAGUACAUCAAACGCGCCUCCUGUUUGAAGAUAUGGGUCGUUUAAUGAGAGCAGAGUUGGAGCGCUUUGAAAAAGAAAAGGUGGAGGACUUCAAGUCGGGUGUUGAAACAUUCUUAGAGAGUGCCGUUGAAGCACAGAAAGAGCUUAUCGAAAUCUGGGAAACAUUCCUCAUGCAGAUGGACCUUGAAGACGGAGAGACAUUCGUUCCGCCGGCUGGCGUUGUGGCACUGCCGACCGAAGUGUCGAAGUCAAUUGAGGACCGGCCCGAAAGCCAAGACUCUGGUAGUGUAGAUGUACGAGCUGCUACGGAGGCCACUCGGGAGAUGCAGGACUGA